ACUUUUAUUUUCGUAUAUAUUACUCUUACAGACAUUCAUUCAAAUUUUACUAUUAAAUGCAAUUCUAUGAAUUAAAUUGUUUAAAAGGAGACGAAAAAUAGUCAUUGAAUUUUUUCUAUGAGCAAUUAUAUCUUCAAAAUUGAAAGAAUAUAAGAAAAUUCACUUUAAUAAUCGAUUUUAAGACGAAAAAUAUUGCACAACUGAACAACACGUGAAAAUAAUAAUUUGAUUCCAGUUUAACUCUACAAUCACAUUCUCUUUCAUAUAAUAACAUUAUUAAAAUAGCUAAAAAAUGGAAAAACCACCAAAAGAAGUUACCGAAGAAGAUUUAGAAAGAUUAGAGGCCAACGUUCAAAUUUCUGAUUUUAAAAAGAACAAACUAGAAAUCGAUGCUAAGAAAAAUUGGGAUAUAUUCUAUAAAAGAAAUACUACAAACUUCUUUAAAGAUAGGCAGUGGACAACAAGAGAAUUUGAAGAAUUAUGUGAUGUAGAAGAUGAAAAUAAAGAAAUCACUCUUCUAGAAGUUGGAUGUGGAGUUGGAAAUUUUGUUCUUCCGUUAUUGGAAAAGAAUAAAAACGCUUUUAUUUACGCUUGCGAUUUUUCGCCAAGAGCGGUUAAAUUUCUCCAAGAUAAUCCAAUUUACGAAGCGUCUGAUCGUUGUAAGACGUUUGAAUGCGAUGUCACAAAGGAUAGCCUAUCGGAAACCGUUCAACCAAAUAGCGUCGAUAUUGCAUCUUUGAUAUUUGUUCUAUCGGCAAUUCAUCCUGAAAAGAUGCUUUAUUCUAUAGAAAACAUAUAUAAAGUUUUAAAACCCGGUGGUAUACUAAUCUUUCGGGAUUAUGGUCUUUACGACCAUGCCAUGUUACGCUUUGCACCAAAUAAGAAACUAGAUGAGAAUCUUUACGUGAGGCAAGAUGGCACAAGAUCGUAUUUCUUUACAACUGGUAUUCUUAAAAUUCUAAUUCGAUAA